AUGAAUAGAAAAAGACAAAUUUAUUUAUUUUUCCCAAUUUUCUCAAGAAACUUACCAUUGGUUAAUUUGGUGAUUGCAACUAGUGCAUUAGGUUUUCAAAUUACUGUAUUAUAUCCAUGGCACUUAGAAAUUGAUAGUAGCCAUAAAGAUUUAAUUAAAAAAAUGGAAGAACAUGAAAAGUUAUUAGAAAAAGGUAAUCGUGUUAUUAAUCCAAAUAUAAUUGAAACUUCAAACUCAAUUAAACAACAGCAAUCAAUUCCACCAACAAUACUCCAAAAAGAAAAAUAA